AUGCCAAGCGAUGCAAAUAAUCAAAAAGCAAACGGGACGGCUCCUGAAGAUAUCAGGUGCUCUCCAAAUGAAUGCAGUGGAGUUGGUGAAUGUGUUGUGUGGAAUGCAGGAGAAACAAUCGAGUGGUACGAAUGUUUGUGUGAUCUCUGGCAUACUGGACAAAAUUGUGAAUUGGAAGUUCCUCAUCCAACUGUUGUCGCCGUCUCGAGCACAUUUCUCGUUUGUUUCACUGUAUUCUUCUGUUGGUAUUCUUCUCAUCGCUUCAGCAAGAAGAAGAUCCACCUGCCUCAAUACCGUAUUCGAUUUGCUGAUUACCUUCAUCAAACUCAAAAAUACGACAAGUUCUGGCUGAAAAGUCGUGUGGAAGACGAAGCUAAAAGAACUGGAAAAGCUAGAGAAGUCCCAGAAGAAGAACCAAAAAAGAAGAAGAAGAAGAAGGGUGACAAAAAGAAAAAGAGCAAGCACACGGAUAAGAAAAAGAAAGAGAAAUCAGUGACACCACCAGCACAACCAAUAAGAACACCCGCAGAGGAGAAAAUGGAACAAACGAGGCAACUGGAGGCGGCAAUAGAACGGAUUCAAAGGAAUCACGAAACCAGUAACAAAAUAAGAAAAAGAGAGAAAGUUGAAAUGGAGGUAGAAGAAGAUGAAGGUAGAACUGUAUCUGUUGCAAACAGUACGGGACCUCUCACAUUGACUGGUGCAACUUCGGCAACUUCAACUAACUUAGUGCCUAUAGAUGUGGGAGAUGAUCACAGGAAAAAGUUGAUAAAAAAGAAAAGAGAAAAGAAGGCUAGAGAAGAAGAAGAGUUAAGAGAGGCAGAGGAGAAUAUGAAGAAGAAGGGAAUGAAGAAGUAA